AUGGCCACCGUUCAGCCCCUGCUCCAGGUCCCUCUCGCCGAGGAAAUCCUCCCCACCAUGCAGCGAAUCGUUACUCAAUACGAUGCCGUUCGCAACGAGAUUCUCCGCACCGUGACUCCUGCGGCGGCCACGUAUGAUUCGGUCGUUCGGCCCUGCGCAGAACUCGAUAACGCCAUCGAUGCCGAUGUGCAUGUGCUUUACAUGUUACAAUACGGCGCCCCGGACAAAGCCACCCAGGAUGCUUUCGUCCAAGCACGUCGCAUCCUAGUUGACGCGGAGACCGGAUGGACGGCGCGCGCGGAACUUUUUCGCCUUGCUAGAGGCUGUGAAGGAAAACGAGAGGAAUACCGCGUGGAAAAGGCGGCAAUUUCUGACCUAGAACGUCUGUGUCAUCGCAAUCUAGCCCAUGAGAAAGGAGGAGUGUGGUUCACGGUGGAUGCCCUGAAUGGGCUGCCGGAGAAAGAGCUGGUGAAGUCGGUGGAAGGGACAGAGCCGGCUAAUCGGGGCAAGAAAUUCGUCCCCUUUGCAAAUGGGGGGUAUACGGCUGUCAUGACUUAUGCCCGUUCCGCCGAGACCCGGGCACAAAUGUACCGAGCCAACGAAGUGAGAGUCCGGGAGAAUGGCCUUAUCUUGGACGACAUUGUGAGGCGACGGGACGCGCAGGCACGGCGGCUGGGAUACUCCAACCAUGCCGCCGUUCAAUUAGAGCGACGGAUAGUCAAGCAGAUCGAGUGGGUGGACGGGUUUCUGGCGGAGGUACGAGAGAAACUUGUCCCCCGGGGUCGUGAAGAGUUGGAGCAGCUGAAGCGCAUUUGGAGAAGAGAUCUACAGAGUCAGGGGAAGCCAACAGAUGGUGGUGGUUUCCCUCCGUGGGAUCAAUUGUACUAUCAGCGGUUGAUCGAACAGGAGUUUGAUAUCGAUCAGGGCAGGAUUGCGGAGUAUUUUCCCCUUGAAAGGACUGCAGCUGCGAUGCUUCAUAUCUUUGCAUCCGUGCUGGAUCUGCGGUUCGAUUCCAUUGAAGGACUCGCUUUCCCUUUUAUUUGGCAUGAGAGCGUGCGGGUGUUUUCCGCAUGGGACGGGAGAGAUCCCAGUGCGCCGUUCCUGGGAUAUCUCUAUUUCGACCUGCAGUGGAGAGAAAAUAAGUACCGAGGCAACCAGAGUGUCGUUUUGCAAUGUGGCUCUUCCAAGCCAAAUGGGGAGCAGGCAGCAUCCUUCUGUGAAAUGGGCCACACCAUCCACAACCUCCUAUCCCAGACGCGAUAUGCUCGCUUCCAUGGUUCUCAAGGACCGCGUGAUUUUGGCGAGAUCCCCAGCACGAUGCUGGAGAACUGGUGCUGGAGGAAAGACGUCCUGAAGCAAUUGAGCUGCCACCAUACACAAACAAGCGAGGAAGAGCUGUCUCAGUGGCGCACCCAGCAUCCCGGAGAGGCGGAUCCCCCGGCCCAGAUUCCAGACCAGCUCGUGGACGAUCUGAUUCGAGGUCGGUACAUGGGGAAAGGCCUGUGGUAUUGUCGUUUGCUGACGAUAUCACUCUAUGACCUGAAGAUCCACCGUCUCGAGCCAAACCAAGAAAUAGAUCUCCAGAAGCUCUGGUAUGACGGACUCGAGAAGAUCACAGGGAUGGAUUAUACCGCUUGCGGAGACGGAUAUGAGUUUGCGACGAUCGGUCAUCUCACGGCUGGAUACGACGCGGGUUACUACUCGUAUUUGUGUUGCGCCGCUCUGGCUCAGGAUCUGUAUCUGACUCGAAUUGCCAAUGACGCUUGGGACAAGAAGACAUGGAGAGAAUUCCGGCAGACGGUGCUGAGGCCCGGGUCAAGUGAGGAGAAUCUGCUAGGCUUGUUGGAAAGAUUUCUGGGGCGUGCAUCUAAUCCAGAUGCGCUGGUGCAGGAAUGGCUCUAG